AUGCUUCGCGAAAUCUUGUACGCCUUCACUGGCUUAGCCCUGUUGGCUUAUGCCGCAGAUUUCUAUUACAACGCUGGAGAUGAUCCAAAUGAGCCGGUCCGGAUACGUUCGAGAUUUCCCCUUAUCGGACACGUCCUGGGAUUGAUGAAUCAAGGGCCAACCUAUUACAGAAAGACAAGCAAUUCAACCGAAGCCGAGAUCUAUACCCUGGGAUGUUUCAACUUCAAGGUAUACAUCAGUGCGUCCAGCCGGCUUCUACCAUUCAUCCAGAAGCAAUCAAGAGCUCUGUCUUUCCGACCUUUCCUCCAGCUCGUUGCGCGAAAGUAUGGUGAUGCUUCUCCUGCGACUUAUGAGAUUUUUGGAGGCAGUCUGCCCGAUGACCUAAGCCAGUCGGUGAAAAUGAGCUUGGCUCCAGGCCGCCAUCUUGAUGAACUGAGCCUUCGAAUGGGCAAGAGAGUCUUAAUAGACAUCGAUGAAUUGCUUUCAGCUAAGGCAGCAGUACCGUUGUUGUCUUGGGCUAGACAUGCUGUUGUGCAAGCAACAAGUUGUGCCGUCUAUGGAGAGAAGCACCCUUUUCUCGACCAGGACAUAGAGAACUCUUAUUGGUACUUCCCACCCUCUCUGAUAGUCUCAAAUACAAUAUCGAUGCUAACUAUAUGUUUAAGGAAAUGGAUGACAUAUCUUACUGCCCACUUGGUUGGCUGGCUCGAUGUGACGAAGAAAGGUUAUGCGGCAAGAGAAAAAGUGUUUCAGUCAUACAUCAGGUACUGCAAAACGCUCCCCCAGGAGAGCUCUCAUCUUAUGAAAGAGCAUCAACGCGUUCUGGGAGAGGCCGGGGUAUCUAGUACGGACAAGGCUAAGCAAGCCGCCAUCUUCACCAUUGCCUCCUUCGGUAACUCAGCGCCGACUUUGUAUUGGACCUUGUGGGAACUCUUCUCACGACAAGAAAUUCUCGAAGAGGUCAGAGCAGAGCUUACAGAACACGCAGUUGUCGAGUCGGAAGACAGAGACUUCGUGCUUGACGUCGCCGCCCUCAAGUCUCAGUGCCCCCUCCUCCUCUCGGUGUUUCAAGAAACUCAGAGAACUCGCCACGUCAAUCCCAGUUUUCGCAAAGUCUUGACAAACACGCUUUUGGACGACAAAUACCUCUUGAAGGAGGGUAAUUACCUCCAAGUACCCGGAAAUGUCAUCCACAACGAAACUGGCAUUUGGGGCCCGACAGCUUUGCAAUUCGACCCAUAUCGCUUCAUACCCAAGAAGGGAGGCGAGCGAGAUGUUUCGACUGCCAGCGGCUUUGUCCCAUGGGGUGCUGCGCCGUACCUAUGUCCGGCGAGACAAUUUGCCGCAACCGAGAUUCUCAUCAUAGCUGCGCUGCUUGCCAUGAGGGCCGAUUUAUCACCUAUGAAUGGAUCUUGGGACAAGAAUCCAGCUGUCAAUUAUGCGGAUCUUGCUACCCUUUCGCCGCCUAUAAAGGAUGUCGGCAUGCGUGUACGAGUUCGAGAAGGGUGGGCUGGCAAGUGGACAGUGCAGAUGGGCGAGAGUCGAAGCCGCGUGCCUCUCGCCUCCGGGUAG